AUGUUUGAGACUUCCAAAUCGCAAUUCUUCUACCUCAGCGCCCUAGGGGUAUGGGGACUUUGGGGCUACGCAUUCUUCAACGGCAUGUUUGCUCGCCUUGAAACAGUCACUAGUACCCUCCGCUUCCCAGACGACCGCCCCCUCCGCUCCUCUUACACAGGUCUGGCGGCACUAGACGGCCAGCUGACCCUCCUCUCCGCCUUUUACGAUGUGCUCACAAACUCCCGCACCUCCGGCCCGCGCCUGCUCUUCUUCGACAUCAACUACGCCGUCGCGUGCGCAAACCUCUGGGUCCUCAUUGAAUCCCGGCGCCGAGGCGUUCGCUCCUGGGUUCUGAAGUACCCGGCAUGGGCACUGGUGCUCUGCAACGCCAACGGCGCUGCGAUUGUGCUACCGCUGUAUCUUUAUGCAGUCUGUAGCAGCAAGGCCCGGAUUCGCGAUGCCUCGAUUCCCUGGCACGAAGCGGCCGCGUUAUCGCUGACGACGCUGGUGAUUUUGCUUCAGCCGCUGCUCGCAUUUGCGCCGACGUGGAUUGGGAAGGGAGGAACGAGUCUGCACCACGGAUGCAUCGCGCUCUUUCAGGUGGCUCCUAUAGCAGUCCUAGGACUUCACCUCGGCCUCGCUGCGAUUCUCCCUCGAAAAUACACAGGCAUAUCCCAGUCCUCUUUCAAAGAAUCAAAAAAGUGGAUCGUCGCGUCCCUCAUACUCGCCGGCGUCGUCGCCUCGGCCGUGCACUUCUACACCGUAGCCGGCGUACUCCGCACGCGAGAUGGCGACGCAUCGCUCCUGAGACUGUUCCUCCCGGCGCGGGGGUUUGAAGACCCGUAUGAGUCCUUGCUAAAGGAAGGCGCGCAGUCUGUCGAGUACGAAGCGCUGCUGGAGAAUCUCCACCUGUUUUCGCAGUGGGACUGGAUUGUUGUCUGCCUCACGACCAUUGUGUUUGCGCAUCUCCUUCUUUCGCGCAAAGAUGGAUUGGAGAAAAAGAACACAAAGGGGACAAGCUCGCCGCACGAGCUUCAAGAGCUGGUCUAUCUUACCGCAGCUACGGCGAUUUUGGGCCCGGGGGCUGCGGGAUCAUUUGCGCUGGCUAUUCGCGAGGCGAGGAUAUGA